UUGAUACACUAAUUUAAUUCUGAAAGUCUAUUAAAAAAGCUGUUUGUCGUUGUAAAGAGUACUACUACUUAACUAAGGUUUCUGCCGACCAGUCAAUCAUAUCUAGUGUGAUUUAAAGUGAAGGUUAGCUGUGUAGCAAUCUAUUACAUACAAGAAACAAGAGGACUGCGCCGGUCACAACGGGGUCGCAAGUCUGAGCACUCUCCAAGGAGAUGUCUACUUAGGUACAAGGGCAACCAACGUCUACGAACGACUAACAGACUACUCUACACGUACCUACCAAUCACUUCGAAGCGCUACUACCUAGACCAUAGACAUUUCAAUCUGCAUCAACCUACAAUCUGCAUAGAAAGAUGGCCACCGAUUCUGUCUGUGAAGUUCUUGAAGACCGACUGUACUUUGCCACCCUACGAUCUAAACCCAAAAGCACCUCCAGUUGCUACUACUUCAGCAUUGAAAACGAUCCUGAGUUCUCCUACGAAAACUUCUACAAUGACUUCGGACCACUCAACCUUGCCAUGCUCUAUCGAUUCUGUCAGAAAGUCAACAGAAAACUUAAGACCUCCAAGAAGCGCAUCGUCUACUACACCAGCAUUGACCCACACAAGCGUGCCAAUGCGGCCUACCUCAUUGGAUGUUAUGUGAUCAUCUACCACAAGUUCCAGCCUGAUGUUGUGUGCAGACUCCUGCUCACCCCCAAGACUCCCUCUUACCUGCCCUUCAGGGAUGCCUCCAUGACUACCUGCACCUACAACCUCACCUUGGAGCAUUGUUUCAGUGCUAUACACAAGGCUGUGCAGUUUCGGUUCUUUAAUUUUGAAGAGUUCAGUGUUGAGGAGUAUGAGCACUAUGAGAAAGUGGAAAAUGGAGACUUGAACUGGAUACUCCCUGGCAAGUUCCUUGCAUUUGCUGGCCCCCACAACAAGAGCAUGAUUCAGAAUGGCUACCCCCUGCACGCACCCGAGUACUACUUCCCCUACUUCAGACAGUACGGUGUUAGCACGGUCGUGAGGUUCAACAAGAGGAUGUACGAUGGUUGGAGAUUCACUGAUGUCGGGUUUGACCACAAGGACCUAUUCUUCAUCGAUGGCUCCACUCCUACCGAUGGCAUCAUGAAGAGGUUUCUCGCCAUCUCUGAGAGUGCUCCUGGGGCCAUUGCUGUGCACUGCAAAGCUGGUCUGGGGCGUACAGGCACUCUGAUUGGCUGCUACAUCAUGAAGCACUACAAGUUCACUGCGGCGGAGACCAUUGCCUGGAUACGGAUCUGUCGACCUGGGUCAGUGAUCGGACCUCAACAAAACUGGCUGGAGGAGAAGCAGUCCCUACUCUGGGCGCUAGGCGAUGCGGAGAGAGCCAAGGCACUACCCAAACACCACCGCUCUGACAAACUCAGCAAACAGGACAAAAUUGACAAACUGGAGAAGUUGGAAAUGAUGGAACGCUCUGAGAGGGUGGACCACCUGGACGCUCUCAUGCUCAAGAAGAUCAGUGGAAUGGAUCUGGACGAGGAGGUUGGCCCCCCUGUGGAUACUGGCCUGCCCCCCUACUCCCCACAACUAACCCAGGGCGUGGUCACCCAGGGAGACAGGCUCAACCAACUCAAGAGGGACAGGACUCAAUACAAGACUGCCACUGCUGGAACUGCAAGAGUGACGGAUGCUCGUCUGCUGGGACGUACCCGCUCUCAGACUCACAUGAUGCGUCAGGGUCUUCACGUUCCCGUCACACCGGCACCAAAGGUGGUGGAAGCGUAUCGAAUGCCACCCCUCACAUCGUCACCACCCUCACAACAUCACAUGCUACACAAGUCCACCAUGCUGGAGGGAGUGCCUGCUCCUACACACACCAGGCCCGGGCCCGCCCAUACGGCCAACAGGCGCAAUGCUCGGACUUCUGCUCGGACCACUGUCACUCCAAUGUCCAAGUAAUUUUCUUUUCUCAAAUGUCAAUCUCCUUAUUUUUCUAUCAAUUCACAAUCUUCCCCAAAUUUUGUACUAUAACAUUCUUGAAUAGACGCAUGUCAGACGUGUACAAUUAGAACUCUUAGUUGUUUAUAUAGCAGACCUUCAAGAACAGCACAAACGUGAGAAAAUAACCCCCCAAAAAAGAAGAAAAACGAACGAUCUUGUGCACACAAGCCGUUUGCUGGUUUCAUUUAUUCUUUAGAUGUAUCUUUUUCUAUGUCAAGUGCUUAUAGUGUGUAUUUAUUCAAUCAGAACUUCAUCAAUUUCCCCUUUUUUCUACAAAUGUCGACGUUUUCCCCCCACCCUAUAUUUUUGACAAGUUUUACAGUACACCUGUCACAUUCUGAAUUAUGUGUAAACUCCUACUAGACUUACGUACACGGACUUGCUAGCUAGAGAUAACUGACAAUCAUCAUCCAAUUCUAAUAGCUACGUACCUACUGUGUGUAUAUGUUAUAUAACGAUGGACGUUUUGUACCGAUACUUGUACGUAUGACUGUGUAUUUUGAAUGGCUAUUUUUCUGUGAUAA